GUGCAGUGCGUAAAGCCUAUUAAAUAAACAAAAUACUUUAACACUAUGAAAUUCACUUUAAUAUUGCUGAUUGCUGGCGCUGCCUGCAUCCUGGCCGCACCCGUUGCCGAGGAGCAGCAACAACAACAGGACACCGAGUCUUCGGUCAAGGCCAAGCGUGGCCUGGCACUGGGCCUGGGCUACCACGCCCCCAUUCUAACCCAUUCGCAUUACGUUGCCGCACCAACCAUCGUUCAUCAUGCGCCAUUGAUUUCGCAUGCACCGCUCAUUUCCCACGCACCACUCAUUGCGCACCAUCCGGUGUCGUCGGUCUCCUAUCACCUGCCCACCUACCACUCCAUCCAUCAUUUCUAAGCAGUCGCUAGAGCAACCGGAGCAGCAGCAACAGCAGCUGGAGUCAACAACAAACAGUCAAGACGUGCAAAAGCGGCCAAAGUAAAACAACAACAAAUUCCAGAAAAAAAUAAAAACCCAAAGGAAAACUUUUCCAUUCGUUUCGACCCGGUUACAACAUGAAUUCCUAGAAAAUUGUGUACUACUACCGCCCCCUUCACAGCACCCACGCAGCU